AAGGCGUGUGCUGGGAGGUACUCCUUCCCGGAGCGAGGAUAGUCGUCCUCACUUCCGGGUGCUUGCGGAUGGGCAGGCGGGGGUCCGAGGUCGACCGCCAGAACGCAGAUUCCUCUGACCCCAGGUCUUCCACCUCCAGCGGCCAUCUGGCGACCGUUGGAAAUGAGCGGGCGGCCGCAAAACAACUGCCGCGUACUCUCCACUUGCAGGCCGUAAACCCCACCCCUGAAGGCCCGGCAGCGUCUCCGCGGCGAGAUGCCGCGAAGUGCGGCUGCGCAAGGGUGACGGAGCGCGGGCGACGGGGAGGGGGUGUUUUGGUUCUAGCCGCUCGCCGUCCUUUCAGACUCGUUCGUCUGAAAGCUUCUCGUUCCUUCCUCCCCUGCCCCUUCCCUUUCCCUUUCCCGGCCCCAGUCCUCCCUCCCUCCUUUCCCUUUGCCUGCCUUCCCGGGUCCGGGCCAUUUUCCGGGCCAGGCGCACCAAAGUGCGCGGCCCCGGGGCCCAGUAUAUGACCCGCUCUCUUGCUAACCCUCGCUACCCCCGCCCCAUGUGGCUGCGGGGCCGCUGCGGCGUUGCCCACUAUGGCCCGGAAAGCAGUUAGCAGGAAGCGGAAAGCGCCCGCCUCGCCAGGAGCUGGGAGCGACGCUCAGUGCCCGCAGUUUGGCUGGGAUCACUCACUUCACAAAAGGAAAAGACUCCCCCCAGUGAAGAGAUCCUUAGUGUACUACCUGAAGAAUCGAGAAGUCAGGCUUCAGAAUGAAACCAGCUAUACUCGAGUGUUGCAUGGCUAUGCAGCACAGCAACUUCCCAGUCUCCUGAAGGAGAGAGAGUUUCACCUUGGGACCCUUAAUAAAGUGUUUGCAUCUCAGUGGCUGAAUCAUAGGCAAGUGGUGUGUGGCACAAAAUGCAAUACGCUCUUUGUGGUGGACGUGCAGACAAGCCAGAUCACCAAGAUUCCCAUUCUGAAGGACCGGGAGCCUGGAGGUGUGACCCAGCAGGGCUGUGGCAUCCAUGCCAUCGAGCUGAAUCCCUCUAGAACUCUGUUAGCCACUGGAGGAGACAACCCCAACAGUCUUGCCAUCUACCGGCUACCUACACUAGAUCCUGUGUGUGUGGGUGAUGAUGGACACAAGGACUGGAUCUUUUCCAUUGCAUGGAUCAGUGAUACUAUGGCGGUGUCUGGCUCACGUGAUGGCUCUAUGGGACUCUGGGAGGUGACAGACGAUGUGUUGACCAAAAGUGAUGCAAGGCACAAUGUGUCGCGGGUCCCUGUGUAUGCUCACAUUACUCACAAGGCCUUAAAGGACAUUCCCAAGGAGGACACAAACCCUGACAACUGCAAGGUCCGGGCUCUAGCCUUCAACAACAAGAACAAGGAACUGGGAGCAGUAUCUCUGGAUGGUUAUUUUCAUCUCUGGAAGGCUGAAAAUACACUGUCUAAGCUCCUCUCCACCAAACUACCGUAUUGCCGUGAGAAUGUGUGCCUGGCCUAUGGUAGUGAAUGGUCAGUAUAUGCAGUGGGCUCCCAAGCUCAUGUCUCCUUCUUGGAUCCACGGCAGCCAUCAUACAACGUCAAGUCUGUUUGCUCCAGGGAGCGAGGCAGUGGGAUCCGGUCAGUGAGCUUUUAUGAGCACAUCAUCACUGUGGGCACAGGGCAGGGUUCCCUGCUGUUCUAUGACAUCCGAGCUCAGAGAUUCCUGGAAGAGAGGCUCUCAGCUUGUUACGGGUCCAAGCCCAGACUAGCAGGGGAGAAUCUUAAAUUAACUACUGGCAGAGGCUGGCUGAAUCAUGAUGAAACCUGGAGGAAUUACUUUUCGGACAUUGAUUUCUUCCCCAAUGCUGUUUACACCCACUGCUAUGACUCGUCCGGAACGAAACUCUUUGUGGCAGGAGGACCGCUCCCUUCAGGGCUCCAUGGAAACUAUGCCGGGCUCUGGAGUUAAUGACAACUAACUCACUCCCAAAAUGCAGAGAUUUACACUAACUUCCAUCCUUAGUUUUCUUGUUUCUUUUGAUUUCUUCCAACUGUGUGAGGCCCUCAUUUUAGUGGGAACACGAGAGUUUGCCUAUGGCUUAGGCACUUGACAAGAAGCCCUGUACAGAAA